AUGAUGCCGGUUCACCUCGCUUCGCCUAAAUGGCGCGACCUCUCAACCAGCAUCAGCACCGGAUUCCAGGACGAAGAGACAUACUUGAGGCAGCGCGAGAAGCUCCAGCAGCAAGAAAGGUCUCUUGGGUUCGACUUUCGAUGCAAGAGCCGGGCGACUGACAAGGAACUCCAAGCGAACAGCAUCAUCCAGGCGUUGAGGGGAAAGGACAACCAGCAAGUUUACGGCAACGCGAUGCCAAGGGCAGGGCAUCAGGGCCAGCAUCAUGGACGAUUCGCUGGUGAUCAUUUCCUUUCAGAUGUCGACCUGAUCAACCAAACGAGUUUAUUUGACGUGGCGCGGAGGAUGCCCAAAGGCGCCCAUCUACACGUCCACUUCAACGCCUGUCUGCCGCCCGAAGUCCUACUCAAUAUUGCCAAGGACAUGGAGAGAAUGUUCAUUACAAGCGACAAACCACUCACGUCGAAAGAGGCCUUUGACACGUGUGAGCUGCAGUUCUCGCUCCAUUUCUUACACGAGUUUAGAGACGAGCGGGCGGAUGUGGAGGUGGACACAUGGCUUGUUGAGAAGCUCAUGUUCGGCGAUGCCGAAGCGUACAACAUGCGGCAAACAGCACAUGGGGCCUGGGAGAAGUUCAAUGGUAGGACACGGAUGAUGAAGGGGCUCAUCAACUACGAGACCGCCUAUCGCAGGUACACACGCCUCCUGCUCGAAGAUUUUACCCGGGAUGGCAUCUCCUACGCGGAGAUCCGGCCGAAUUUCAUGACGAGCAAUCAUCUCUUGCAGGACGACGGCGACAAGACGAUUGACAAUGCUGGCAUUAUGGAGAUCAUCAUCCAAGUGGUCGAGGGAUAUCAGAGGGAGAUGCACGCCAAAGGCGACUUCUUCGGAGGGCUCAAGGUCAUAUAUUGCACGCCAAGGAGUUUCCGCAAGGAUCAAAUCGCCGAAUCUUUGCAAGAGUGCUUGAAAUUCAAGAAGAGAUGGCCGAAAUGGAUUGCUGGCUUCGACAUUAUCGGCGAGGAAAUGGCAGGCCAUCCUCUCAAACACUUUAUACCAGAGUUUAUCCAGUUCCAGCAAGACUGCGCGGCAGCCUCGGUAUCGAUGCCUUUUCUUUUUCAUUGUGGCGAAACGCUCGAUGACCCAGAGGGUAAUCUGUUGGACGCACUCCUUCUGGGCGCGAGGCGCAUAGGCCACGGGUUUGCACUGACCAGGCACCCCUAUGUCAUGCAGCACAUGAAGGCGCGAGGUGUCUGCUUGGAGUUGUGCCCUAUAUCAAAUGAGGUCCUGGGGUUGACGGGCCGGGUCGGCGGGCAUACAAUGUACGAACUUUUGGCCAACAAUGUCCACUGUACAGUCAACUCUGACAACGGGACGCUAUUUCGAUCAAGUCUGUCCCAUGAUUUCUACCAGGUCAUGGUUGGCAAGGACGACAUGGGCCUCGCGGGCUGGAAGCAGCUGAUCCUAUGGAGCAUCGAGCACUCCUGUAUGGAUGACGCGGAGAGAUUGCAGGCUCUAGAGGCCUGGCAGCGACAGUGGGAAGAAUUCUUGACCUGGAUUUUGGAGUGGUUCCCCCCGGUCAAGACCGACUGGUCGCUUGACGUGGUCAAUCUCCUCGUGGUCAUAGGCGAGACGUCCAUCAUUGAGCAUGCGCAACCCAUCACAGCGUCGCUGCUCUGCGUGCUGCCACGCAUCAUACCGGCGCCACAGGUCUUCCUCAAGCCCGUCCGACCAGGGCGCAUGCCCGACACGGCCGCCAAGAUGACGGGCGUGUACAGCGGGACCACGCUGGACUCUGUCGGCUUCUUUGCCAACAUCAUCACGCCCCUGGACGAGAUGCCCGCGCUGGGCUUCCGCGUCAUUGAGGUGCGGCACUCGGACAAGUGUCGCCUAGAGGAGCAUGCCCCGUUGGAGAAGAGGUGGUGGGUGAAGCUGCUGGGUUCCAUGACACCCAAGUUCAAGAAAGCAGAGCUCGAGAUGAAAAGACGGAGCGGGGAGGUGAAAAGGGCAUCUCCGCAGGCAGACGAGGAGACAGGCCGGACGACGGCGCGUGAGAUGCAGCAGCCAACGUUGACGGUCAAGAAACGACACAGGUCGACGCGCCAGACACUCCAGGACCUCCUCACAAACCCUUCCAUGGCCUACUCUGGGCAGCGGCCUGCCGUACCUGUCCAUAUCUUCUCGCCUAUCCAUAUCCUAGGGAUCAUCUCGUUCUUCAACUCCAUUGCCAUCAUCGUCUGUGCUGUCAUCUGGGAGGACGGCAAUGCCAUCCUCGCCAUCGGAGGCGUCUCGCUCAUGUCUUCGGUUGUCGGGUUCGCCUCUUUCUGGAGGCCCCUCCUGAUGAGCCGCAAACACGACAAUGAGGUUCCAGACGGCGACGUCAUGAUUCGGACGCGAGAAGGCGCCUUUGUCCUCGUCAAGUGCACCGAGGACGUGGCAAGAGAGCUGUACAGCGGAACGGAAGAGUGCGAGUACUACGUGAAUGGGAGGAUCUACCGUCUCCUGAUGGUGAUUGGCACCGUGCUGCUCAUGCUGUCGGUCGUGCUACUGGGCAACUGCACAUGGAACUCGCAAGUCUUCAUCGGCGCAUCGUAUAUUGUGCUCAACGGGCUGUACUGGGCCCUGGGCAUGCUUCCGCGGUCGUACUUUUGGGAUCUAUCGCGCUAUGAGUGGAGGAAUGCGACCCCCUCCGACGCUGAGCAGCCCGGCGACGACCAAGACAGGAGCUACACGAGAACCUUGUGGUAUGCCAUUCGUGAGACGAGAGGCAAGACGGGCUGGGUGAGAAUCAGCGGAGCCGCCCCAAGUACGGACAAAUGGAAGCAAUGGGUCAAGGAAGCCGGUCGCAACGCAAAGAUGGGCGUGCGAGACUGGGACGCUGUGAGGAGAAAGGACGAGAUUAUGAGGGCGGCUUCGGAUGACGAGGACGACGAGGAUCACGAGGCACUGGAAUGCGCCCCCUUCACCCAGAUCACCCGAAAUGACCAGAACAGGCUGUCGGUAUCCAUGUUCUGA